AAAUUUCCCGCCCAAACGCCCACUCCUAUUUCUCCUUACUAUAUAUAUACUGGCAGCCCUAAUUUCACAAACUCCUAUCUCUCUCUUCAUAUAUCUCUCUACGUAAAACCUGAAAUUCUCCAAUGGAAGUCUCCGGCAAAGAUCAAUCCUCUGUUUCUGGGAGUGCGAGGCGAUCAUCGUCAGCGACGAAGCUUCUUCGAUAUCCACUGCGAUCGGGUACUAAGCCGAAGGAGGAGAAGCCGCCUCUGACUGAUGCUUCCAACUCUUCGGUUCCGAGAAGGGGAAAACCCGUCUCAAGUGUUAGUAAGAGUAUCAGUGUCCUUGAUCUCGGCAAAGAAAAGUCUGCUGCUAAACCUCCAAGAAGGCUGUCUAUGCAGUCUAAGUCAACUGCGAGCCCUGCCUCAAAAUCUGUGGGCACUAUCACUCCUAUUUCUGAGGCUAGAUCAAAGAGGACCGUGAUCAACCAGGGGAAAACUAAUACACCGCUUUCAGCUGUUGCAAAGUCAUCAAAUGGAAAGGAAAGCAAUCGCCUAUUCUCUGCACUCUAUUGGCUAUCCCAGAUUAAGCUCUCUGAAUCUGCUGCUAAGCAUUCAAUUUCUCUUGGGUUUUUCAAACUUGCUUUGGAAGCUGGCUGUGAGCCUCUUCAACGUUUGAGGGAUGAGCUGAAAUCAUAUGUGCAACGUUAUAGCCUCAUACAUCUUGGGGAGCCAGUGAAACAAUUGUUUGAGAGCUACAACAUUUCUCUUGAUUUUGAGCAGUUGCAAGUAUCUGAGACUUGUUCCCAUGUGCCUGAAGCACCUUCAUCUGAUGAAGAAGCGCGUAGCUCUUCAUCCGUUGCUGGCACUGAGAAAUCAGAACCUGAAGUCUUGAAGAAAGAUGCUAUUGAAACUUUUCAAGUGGCAGAACCAACUAGGGAGACUUCAUCAAGCAAAGAAAUUGCAACUAAGAACCGUAAAUCUGAAAACAAGAUUGCUACAACUCCAAAAUCUACAGAGGUUGCUACAACUCCAAAAUCUUCAGAUGUUUCUAGUACCAUAAAAAAGAAACUUGAAAAUCCCAAGGAAAAAGCAAAUAAGAAUAAGGUGAAAAGAAAGGGAAAGAAAUCUGCUGGAGUAGAAGGUAAAUGUCCUACUAAUGCUGGUACUGUGGAGAUGGUCCUACCAGAAGACAAAGAGAAUAUGGAUGCUCCACAGUCCGAAGAGAUCAAUAUUACAGAAGUUUGAACAGUGUAUGGAAUCGAAGAGUAUUUGAACAUACUUUUAUAUGGUUGUUUAUUUUGGUGUUCAUAAGCAGGAAGCUUCUCCUUGUAUAGAUGAUAGAAGGGUCGAGAGGAAGUGUAUGUGGGUGUGCAUGCUAGAGAGUCAUCUUCUCUUUGGUUUGGUUCUAGUUUGACCCAAAACUUUGGGGCAUUAUACUUGUUUUUAUGUGUUUAAAUUGCAUUUGGUUUUACCAUACUGGAAAUGUUUUUAUCA